GCCAAAAGUGGGGGAGAGUAAGGGAGUGGAGGCAGAGAUAGUGCAUCUCUCCUAGGUCGACACGGGAACCUAAAGCUCUGUAUGGUGAAAAGUCUCAAAUGUCGUCUUUUGCAUGAAGAAUUGUGGUGUUAACUCAACAAUUCUCGAGAGGAUCUGGUGCUGCAGUGACAAUUUUAAGAACUGAAGUUCUCUAUUUACACACCGAAUGGGUACAGCAUAAAUUAAAGGCCACUCAAGAUUCCAGUCUACAAUACUACAUCUCCUUCUGACAGUCUGCAGGUCAAGGCAGAUACACAACAGCAGCAGAGGAGAGAGUUUCUGGAAUAAAUGGCAGAGAGAAACCACACCACGGUGACAGAGUUCAUUUUCGUUGGAUUCACAGAUCAUCCAGAUCUACAGAUCCCCCUCUUUAUGUUGUUCCUAGUGAUGUAUGUGGUCAGCCUGAUGGGGAAUCUUGGGAUGAUAGCGUUAAUCAUGGUUGAAACCCGACUUCAUACCCCCAUGUACUUUUUCCUAAGCCAGAUGUCCAUUGUAGAUAUUGGGUAUUCCACAGCCAUAGCUCCCAGGCUGCUCAUGACCUUUGUAGCAGAGACGAGAACCAUUCCUUUCAUUGAGUGUGCAGCACAACUAUUCUUUGUCUGUUUCUUUGUGACCAGUGAAUGUUGCCUCCUGGCUGUGAUUGCGUAUGACCGCUUCAAAGCUAUCUGUAAUCCACUGCUCUACAGAACCAUUAUGUCCAAGAGACACUGUGUCCUGUUGGUGGCUGGCACAUAUGUCUGUGGCUCUGUGAAUUCAAUUGUGCAAACUCUAUUUAUAUUCAGUCUGUCCUUCUGCAGCUCCAGUGUUGUCAACCAUUUCUUCUGUGACGUGCCCCCCAUGCUGAAGCUGUCUUGCUCCGACACCCAGGUCACUGACCUUGUACUUUUCACUUUCUCGACUGUAAUUGUCACGACUACUUUCCUGGGUGUCCUAAUCUCCUACAUGUGCAUCCUCGUGGCCAUUCUCAGGAUCCAUUCUGCCAACGGGAGACGCAAAACCUUUUCCACCUGCGCCUCCCACCUGACAGUCGUCACUAUGUUUUAUGGGACGCUGAUAUGUAUAUAUUUAAGACCCAGUUCCAGCUAUUUGAGGGACCAAGACAAGGUUACCUCUGUGUUUUAUGCCCUUGUGAUCCCCAUGUUGAACCCCCUGAUCUACAGCCUGAGAAACAAGGAGGUAAAUGAUGCCUUUAAAAGGGUGUUAUAUAGGAAGAUUUUUUCUUCGUAAUUAUAAUCAUUAUUAUAUUUUAACCAAUAAACAGCAGAUGGCAGAAUGAA